CAAACUUAAACUUCCAUUGUCACUUGUAUACCUUAAAAUACAUUCCAAUGAUGAUAUGCCACCGUCGUUAUUUCACUCAUUAUCAACAUUAAAACGAUUACAAACUUUGAUUGUAGAUAACAGAAAACAAGUGGAAUAUACUUUUCAUGUUGAUACGGCAGUAUUUAGUAGAAAUAUCAAAAUAUUACAAUUGAAAAAUAUCGCUACAUCAAUAUCAUCGAUCUACGAUUGUGAAGAAUUAACUCAAUUAAAAUAUUUGGAACUUCGACUAACUGAAGCUGGUGAAACAUUUCAUCAUAUGUCUUUCACUUAUCCUUCUUCGUUGAAGACUCUAAUUAUUCACUUUCAAUUAUCGUUCACAGACUUAGAAUAUGUACUUUCUGGUUGUGUUGAAGGUAAUUUAAAACAUCUAGAGCUCUAUAGUCAAACUAACACUUCACAAAUGGAUUAUUUUGAUCAGAAACGAUGGUGUAAAUUAUUUGAACGAUUUCAAAAUUUGACGAAAUGUCGAAUUCAAUUACAACAAAGAGUUCUUUAUGAAACAUCAAAUAAAAAUGUAUCAUUUGAAAAAUUUUCUCAAGAUUUUCAAACCUAUACUAAUAAUCAAAGUCAACAAGAUUAUUUAAAUGCACAAAAUGAAGCUAAUCAAGAUAAUAUAUUUGGUGUACCAACAUUUAUUGUACGUGGUGAACCAUUUUUUGGAAAUGAUAGAAUUUCAUGGUUAAAAAAGAGAUUAGAUUCAUUUAAAUUACAUGACCAAUAA